AUGAGCGAUCCAUUAGCUGACUUUACCAAUCUCUCUCAAGAUGAGCAUGAAACAGAACAACCAACAACAUAUGAACAGGAUGACCAGCGACGGGCAGAAAUAGGACAACAAAUGGACGAUGAUGUCCAGAUACCUCAAGAACAGGAACAAUACGAGGCCACCGAGAAUGCCGAGUACCCAGAAUAUUUCAACCAAUACGAGCAGAAUGAUUAUCAAGUGGAGAAGAGUGAAGAUGGGGCGUACACAGGUGGUAAUCAUCAGGACCAAGAGGACGGCGAGGACAAUGAGGACCAGAUUGAUCCGCAGAUUAGCCAGCAGCAGCGCGAGCCAAGGGAAGAAGCCGUGGAUGAAGACGAAGUGAUUAGGUCAAUGAGGGCCCAGAGGCUCACGAGUGGAGAACCCAACUACGUUCAAGUCAAGAACAUUCGUAAAACGAGAACCGAUGUCCCUAGGCAGGCUCCUGCUAUGGCCACGUCUGACUCUUUUGAUGAACCCCAGGUUGAAGUCAACGAGGAGAACAUGGAUCCUCAAGCUAGGAGGAGAUACGAGUUGGAAGAGAAAAUGAAUGCUGCAAUCAAGAAGAAACCCACUUCGAGGAGAAAGAAAACCGAUGACAUCGACCUUGAUAAAAUGGAAGAUGGAGUGAUUCAAGAUAUGCGGGACCGCAUGUUUGACGCGGCCAACAUUGACGUUGAAAAGAACACGCAGGGGCAGGUUGCCACUGAAAAGAUGAAGAUGUUGGACGAAGCCAUGAGCUUAUUAUCAAGAGCCGACUUGGCGGAGUCGAUUGUUGAGAAUCAAAUGUUGAAAGCGAUAAGGACGUGGCUAGAGCCGCUUCCCGACGCAAGCAUGCCCGCGUACCAGAUCCAAAAGGAACUAAUACACGCAUUGGAGUCCUUGCCCGUGAACACCGAUGCAUUGAGACAGUCGAACUUGGGUAAAGUGCUCGUCUUCUAUCAAAGAUCGAGAAGAACCCCGCCGAAUUUAAAGAAGAUUGUCGAUCGGUUGAUUGGCGACUGGACGAGACCGAUAUUGAACCGAUCCGACUCGUACAAGGACAGAUCGAUUCAAUUUGGGAUGUACGACAAAACGGCGCACUCGAACAAGAUGUCUAAACCCACCAAGAAGAAAGAGACAAAGACGUUGUACGAGCAAAACGCCGAGAGAAGGAAAAGAGCUGCUAUUCCUACUGCUCGAACUGCUGCUUACAAGAUUGCUCCCAAGGUGGACAAGAGUUUGUUGAUGAGACAAGCUGGCAGAGCACCUGGUUAUGACGAGAGGUUUAGGAGCAUCAAUCUGAAGAUAACAGCCAUGACCAAUAAGAAGAAGGCUGCUAGUAAGGGAGGUGUCUCUAUCGAGGGCAGAGACAUGGGUGUGUAG